UCCGCGACUCGGGCGCGCAAUUUGAGAUUUGAACGUACUGCUGUUGUUCGUCUGGCCCGUGUGGCGACACGACGCCCUCCGAUUGUCGAGGAAAACCAGGGAUAGUCGUUUAUUUCACCAGGAACAAUGGUCAGUAUGAAAGAAGGGACGCUCCGAAACCUAAUGGCGGAGUCUAAUGAUCUCAACAGCUCACAGAGAAGACGGUCGCCGCGUCUGAGUUCUCCUCCUCAGGCUAACGUCAAAGCUGACAGCAAAAUGGCGCUGGCCUCUGUUGCUGUUAAACGCUCCAUCACGGUGAGGAAAAUAGCACCCAGGAAAACCGUCGCACCGUCGGAGCACAACAAGGAGAACGUGCCGAGACGGUCGGUGUCGGAAAGCAGCCAGCAGAAGAAACCGCAGGUCUUCACCCCAGGUCCCGUACCGGGCCGCGGGGGCACCUCCUCGGCCAAGAAGAAGAAGAAGGAGGCCGUUGUCCUGUCACCGAUCCUCCCUUCCUCGCCGCCGGCCCCGUCUCACCCCCAACAGCCGGCAGCGGGUGCAGAGGACGCGGUGUGGUCUCAGAAAGUGCGCCGCUCAUAUAGCAGGCUCGGCGACAAGUCCUUCAACAGCCCCGGCGACAAGUCCUUCAACAGCCCCGGCGACAAGUCCCUCAACAGCCCCGACUCCCUGGACAACCUGUUCGGCUUCGACAAGCUGCAAACACCGGAGGUGGCCCCGAGGGUCCUGCGAUCCAAGACUGGUCUGGAGGCGUCCUGCGCACCCUCGUCUGCUCUGAACUCAUUCACGUCAUUGCUCGAGGCGGAGGACUCCGCGGUCCCCGAGCCGGACUUAAACAUCCCCGGAGUAGUCGUGGUGAAGGAGAAGAGGAGUAGGAGGAAGAAGGUCCAGCAGAUCGGCACCACGGAGCUGGACGCACUAGCUGCCCAGCUGAACGCAGAGUUCGACGAGGCGGAGGAGUUUGAGCUGCUCGUGGAGUAAAUAAUGUGACUGAAGGUAUCUCAUGCAGCACGUUAUUUUCGUCUCUGACCUGCUGGAAAAACAGACUCUGGAAGGACAACACGCAUCUGUGUGCCUCAUACUCUCAAAACACUCACGUUUCUGUACAUUUUCUGCUCUGAAUAUUGUACAUGUUGUUGCUUUGGAGGUGCAUAUGUUUUUUUUAUGUGGUUGUUUAGAACAUUAUUAUUAUGUAGAUGAGUACAAACUAAAGCAUGUUCUUUGUUUUGGUUCAUUAUUGACACAUUAUACAGAUUUUAUAUUGUGAUCAAAUAUCUUUGUCAAAAGGUCCAACUUCGAAAAAACAUUUUGCAAGUAUGCUUUUUAAUUAGGUGUUUGACAGUUUUGAUUGACCUUUUUUAGUCUCAAACUUGUUAGAUGGAGGGAAAAUCAUUUGACCGUUUAAUCUACAUCAUAAUCGCAUGCGGAACCUGACGUUUGUUUACUUUGACACAUUAUUUGCAGGAUUUUAAGAGGCAAAUUAAAUAGACUGACUUGGCAUUUUGUAUUUCUUAUCACUGGAAAAGCACAAAGAUGUAGGCAGCAGUUCAGUGGAAACAAGUAUACUGCCCUUUUUAUACUAUUUUACAGCCACAUUUAAUUGUCAUACUGUUUCAGAGUAAGAUUAAGAUAUCACCAUGUUGUAGACUUAUCUUUUCAUGCAGCAUCUGUCCAUAAUUAAACAUUAAAUUGCCUGUAAAUGUAAA